GGACAGGAGGACACGUGUCCUCUCGUGUUACAGAACGCACCUGUCGUCAUUUGUUUACAUUGUGUUCAGCUCGCAGACGACAGUCUGUUCCUUGCAGAUCAGCGGAGGACGUAACUUGGCACUAAAACAACAAGUUACGAUGUCAAGUUUAUUCAACAAUGACACCAUGUUUAACGGCAGUAACGCAGUGGACGGUGCCUACAGCUCCAACUGCAAGUUCGGCGGCUGUGCUUUCACUGGGGUCAACACCACCAGUCCAUCAAUGGUUCUCACACUCUCACUGCCCGCCUUUGUCUACAGAUUCGUCUUCCACUCCGGGCUUUAUGCCAACGGCAGCACCACGUACAUCCAGCUUUGGAUAAACUUCACGGCCUACAACUCUGAAGGUUUGCAUACAGUGGCGGGCAGGGGGGAGAAGGCUUUCAUUAAAACCCUCUCAAUCUACACGGGAGAAAUAUUCGAGCCCAUAAAGACUGUCAUCAUCAGUGACGACAACACGACUGACGGCACGUUCAUCAUUCUACAGGAGGUGGAACUGUUCGGAGAAACCGUCUGUCCGAUCGGAACGUACGGUCUCGGCUGUCUACAGACCUGCAACUGUGCUGUCCGUGGAGAAAGCUGUCUUGUCAGCACCGGAGGCUGUCCGUCUGGCUGUCCUGUUGGCUUACGUGGUGUCGACUGCAAAGAAACUUGUGACCCUGGAUAUUACGGCACCAGCUGUUUGCUACCAUGCAGCAACAACUGCAGCAAUCAGUUAUGUAACCAAACCACAGGACACUGUUUUAGGUGUCACCCUGGGUACUAUGGUGAUACCUGUGAGCUCAAGUGCAGCGAUAACUGUGCUGGUGACCGAAUGUGUGACGUCAAUGGGACCUGUCUCUAUGGUUGCUCAGAUGGUUACCAUGGUGACAGGUGUUUAGACGGUGGUCUACCGUUUACAACGUGCGACGUGAUGAAAUUUGGCCCUUCCUGUACACAAACCUGCAGUCCCAACUGUAAACCUGUCGAACCUGCAGGGUCUACCACCUGUCACUUUGUUACAGGCGCCUGUCUGUUGGGAUGUCGUAAUGGUUACCUGGAGCCUACCUGCAGUGAAGCUCCAGAAUCCACAAGUCACGUGGUAAACAUCAUCAUCGGCGUGGGUGUUGUUGUCGUGCUUGUGGUGCUGAUUGUUGUCGUAGGGUGUGUGGUGUACCGACGGCUCCGUCAUGUCAGGGAGGACGUGGGGUCAAGCAACAACAACCCCACCACCACAGGAUUUGAUAAACCUGAUUUUACUAUGUACAACGGUCGAGGUGACAUCAGUCAGGAGUAUUACAGAAAAGGGGGACUACCCCAACAGAUUUAUACACAACGUCUUAGCGUCAACAAGACCUCAGAGGAAGAAAUUUAUGACUGCAUCCAAUAUGACUCAAAUUCAUCAUCGGUUGUGUUCUAA